AUGGCCACCUCCCCCACCGGCGGCCUCCGCCUUCCCUGGCCGGCUCCUCUGUUUUUCUUCUUCUUCUUCCUUCUCUCUCCGCUGGCCCUCGCCGUGGCUCAGGAGCUUCCCCCGGGCUUCCCCGGGGACAUGCCGCUUCCGGGGGACAUGCCGCAGAUCUCCAUGGGGUUCAUGGACGGCCUGGCCCUCCUCAUAUUCAAGAAGUACCUGGGGAACACUUCGUUGGCGCUGUCCUCGUGGACGCAUGGCGACCCCUGCGACAAGACGCGGCCGCCGUGGGCCGGCGUGAUCUGCACCGGCGGCGCCGUCACCGGCAUCCGCCUCCGCGGGAAGGGCCUCUUCGGCACCAUCAACGAGACCGCCAUCGAUCCCCUCACCCACAUAGCUGGCCUCCGCACCAUCGGCCUUAGCAACAACGACUUCUCCGGCGAGAUCCCCCCCCUGAGCCGGCUCGUCGCCCUCAAGUCCAUAUUCCUCUCCAACAACCGCUUCUCCGGUGUCAUCGACGGCGACUACUUCUCCGACAUGACCCACCUGAAGAAGGUGUGGCUGGCCGGGAACUCCUUCACCGGGAAGAUCCCGCCGUCCCUGACGAAGCUCCCCCACCUCAUGGAGCUCCACCUGGAGAACAACCAGUUCAGCGGCGGCCUCCCGGCGAUGAACAUCCCCACCCUGAGCUCCUUCAACGUGUCCAACAACAGGUUCGAAGGCGCCGUUCCGGCGGCCCUCAGGAAGUUCGGCGACAGCGCCUUCAAGGGCAACGCCGGGCUCUGCUUCCCCCAGGCGGGGAACAACUCCUGCGCGACGGCGGCGGCGGCGGCGGCGUCGCCCGGAGAGGACAAGGAGGUGCGGUCGUGGCGGGCGGUAAUGGUGGGGAUCGUCCUGGGGACGCUCCUACUGGCGCUGAUCGCUGGGCUGUUCAUCAUCAAGAAGCGGCGGCGCGGGGUCUUCGACACGCUCGGCGUGGAGCACGGCGGCGCCGGCUUGGAAUCGGCAAGAAUGCCGCCGGCAGCCGGAGGAGGAGGACAAGGAGGGUCCGAGAGACACGGCAACUCGAGCCGGAGGACUUCCAGCGGCGGCCACAAGCGGCACGACUCCAGCAGCAGGAAGGGGUCCGUGCACAGCAAGAGCUCCGCCAGCAGCGACUCGUCGGAGCUCGGGGAGCUUGUUCUGCUGAACCCGGAGAAGGCGGGGACCUUGGUCAUGGCGGACCUGAUGAAGGCCGCCGCGGAGGUGCUGGGGAGCAGCCCGCUGGGCACCACCUACAAGGUCAUCUUGACCGACGGUGGCGCGGUGGCGGUGAAGCGCCUGCGCGACCUCCACCGCAUGGGAAAGGACGGCUUCGAGGCGGAGAUACGGCGGCUCGGCCGGCUGCGCCACCCUAACGUCCUCCCCCCUCUCGCCUACCACUACGACAAGAAGGAGAAGCUCGUCCUCUUCGAGUACGUCGACAAGGGCAGCCUUCUCUACGCCCUGCAUGGGGACCGAGGGGCACAUCAUAGGGCGUUGACCUGGCCGACUCGGCUGCGGAUCGUCCGGGGAAUCGCCCGCGGGAUGGCGUACCUCCACUCGGAGCUUGCCGCCUCGGACGUGCCCCACGGCAACCUCAAGUCCUGCAACGUCCUCCUCGGCCCCACCUACGAGCCUCUGCUCAUUGACUACGGACUGACCCCACUGGUCAACCCCUCGCAGGCCGCAAUCUCCAUGUUCGCCUACAGGUCGCCGGAGGCGGCGCAGCGCCGCCAGGUCUCACCCAAGUGCGACGUCUACUGCCUCGGCGUCGUCGUCCUGGAGGUGGUCACCGGCAAGUUCCCGUCGCAGUAUCUGAGCAGCGGCAUGGGAGGGACCGACGUGGUGGAGUGGGUGGCGGCGGCGGCGGAGGAGCGGCGGGAGGCGGAGCUCAUCGACCCGGAGAUCGCCGCCGGCGGGGGUGCCAAGCGCUCGACGGCCAGCAUUGAGCGGCUCCUCCGCAUCGCCGCCGCCUGCACGGACCCGCGGCCGGAGAACCGGCCGAGCAUGAAGGAGGCCGCGCGGAGGAUCGAGGCGGUCACCGUCGACGGCUCCAUCGCCGCCGACGACGACAGCGGCGCCGCGGCGGCGGCGCCGCUGAAGGAGGGGCACGCGGUGCUCACCACCCGGCUCUCGGCCCGCGAGCGCAGCGGGGAGACCUUCGGCAUUUCCUAA